AUGGUUUCAGUAACAGAAUUUUCUGGUUCACCCCCAUACUCUGGCCCAACAACACAGAAUGUUCGCCUCACUCAGUCAUUGUCCGUACGCCAUGUUCAAUUUGGGUACUCUCCAUCAACCUUCUCUGAUAUCUUUCCUUUGACUGCCCUUCCAGGCGGCCCCUUCACACAACCUUCAUUCGUAUUUAAUAUUGGCUCCGGAAACAUCUCUGAGUCCCGUACACCAAACAUGUUCAGACAGUCCCAGCCGCCCUCCGAGUCCGAUGAACAUUCCAUUAGAAAUAUGCCCACUGUGCGCCAGAAUCAUCUAAGUAUGCCCGACCACAAUGAAUUUGUUGCUGUUGCGAUAUCGAGACAGAACACAACACCAAUAUCUAGUACGAUGCAGUUUAAGACCCAGUCGCCGCCAUACCCACUUUAUGACGAGAUUGUUGACACUCAGUCAACACAUAUUGUCCAUGAUGCUUACGAUAUAUAUUUCCGUCAGCCAAUAGCAGAAGACUUUCUCCGACAAAAUCAUCUACUGCCACCACCGCCAGUAGAAGUAUACGACAUCGACCAAGACCUCCCAGUAAUCGAACCAGACUCAUACCUAGAAAUGGAUCAGCUUGAACAGCCCAUAGAAGGUCCUAGCAAUUCCCAACUUGGUAAGAUAGAUGCAGAUGCCCCCACGCAUCCUUCCAUCGAGUCUCCACCCGAGUCAUCAUUCUCACACCACAACGGCCGCGUACAAUCCAUCGAUAGUGACAUGUACCAGCCAGCUCUAGGCGGUCUACACAAGAUCUCGAACAUCCAACGCAAAACCUCGAAGUGCAACAAAGUCAAAAACACGGUAAGCAGGCUAAAUCCCUUCAGGCGCCAGCGGCAGUUUGAGAGUGCGAAAAAGCGAUAA